GUAGGGGAACACGUUUUCCGCACGGCUGGCGCGCCCGCCAACCAUAACAUUGCACAUUGUUAUGUGAAUACCGUAGCUAUUGCAAUCAAAACAGCAAGAUGCCAGCGGAUAUAAUGUCAAAUACAUGUCGGAGUGAUAAUUUCGGAAAAACUUUUGUAAAAAAAUCUACCGAAAGUGAAGUAAAGUCUGGUUUUUUGGUGCUUUUGGGACCCGGCGGGAUGCGACAGGAUGUGAGAGUCGUCGUGUACAGAACCUCGCUGGAGCAUUUCGCCGUGAUCUACCCUAGGAAGCGGGUAACGAAGCCGAUCGGCGUGGUGAAUUUAAGGAACACGGCUGUGGAACAGGCCGAGUCAAACAGCGGCUUCAUUGUCCGACAGAAAGGCUAUGACAACACAAUCUCCGCGAAGUUUGUGUGCUCCGAGCGCGAGGUGGAGGCUUGGAUGUCCGCGUUCACGUCGCGAGCCUCGCCGCACUGCGUGCACGCCAGUCUCCCGGUCCUGGUGGAGACAGAGGAGAGCUAAGCAAAUACAAGAUUAUCCAGCCACUAUGGUCUGAGUGAUCUUCCUAAUUUUGACGCGUCACGUCAAAACGAGGUUAUGUUUGUUUUGCAAUGGGAUGCGAAAGUGAAAGUUGCGUUUUUUGCAAACGCUCGAAAGUGUCUUGGCUGUGAAGCUUAAUAAAACAAGUGCUACGUACAGUGUCAGAUGUGAGUCAUCUAGUGCAUCUAGGUUACCUCCACCACGCUAUUGUCUGGCUCUUAGAAGCCGCGUUAUUUUGUUUUGCAAAUGAAAAACGCGAUUGUAUUCAACUGUUACGCUGGAUAAGGAAUGAAUAUUUUGCGAGGUCGUUCACCUUGCU